GUGUGAUCCACAAAUUGUUGUUUCGGGUCUCGGUGUCAUGUGUAUGUGACAUUGUAUGUUUGUAAACGCACCCACAACACAGGACAGAAUCCUAAAAUGUGUACAGUAGAGUAAAGUCUAAACAGUAGUGUUGACAAAAUUAACGAUUUAAUUUUAAUUAAACUUCCAAUGGAUCAAGAAUAUGCAGUCCAUUAUCUACAGGGAUGUUUUCAUUGUUUAAACCCGAGGGGCAUCCCAUCACAUUCUCUCAAGUUAAAAAUUGGUGCCCCAUUAUUUUACUUAGAAAUUUAUGUACCGGGAGACUGUACAUUAAAUUUGUUCGCAAUAACGUGAUAGUUGCAAUAAUAGUUCUGAC